AUGGUAAGAGGAGGAAAUCAUGGUGGUAAUGGCGUUAAGAUCUUUGGUUAUGAAAAUAUAAAUGCUAAUGACCCUUUCAUGGAAAGAUUCUUAUGGGACCAAAUGAUCCACUACCAUAGCCAUCAACAAAAUAAUUCAAGUGUUUUUCCUUACUCUAGUGGUUCACACUAUGAGUAUAAGUGGCCAAACACUCAAGAAUCAAGAUUUGUUAUUGAUCAUGGUGUGUUACCAAAUGAAGAGCCUUUGAUGUGGACUAACUUCAACCAAACAUCCACAUUGUGCCUUAAGGAUAUUCAUGGUUAUGAAAAAAACACCAAAAUUGUGAGAAGGAAAAUCAAGAAAGAGACUUCUAUAAUUUCGAUCAAAGGACAAUGGACAAAGGAAGAAGACAGGAAAUUAAUAAGGUUUGUGAAGCAAUAUGGUGAAAGAAAAUGGACUCAAGUAGCAGAGAAGUUAGAAGGAAGGGUUGGCAAGCAAUGUAGAGAGCGAUGGAAUAAUCAUUUGCGUCCUGAUAUUAAGAAAGAUAGUUGGAGUGAAGAAGAAGAGAGGAUAUUAGUAGCUAGCCAUGCCAAACUUGGAAAUCGUUGGUCUGAGAUAGCAAAGAGGAUUCCAGGAAGAACAGAAAAUUCCAUAAAAAACCAUUGGAAUGCCACUAAAAGAAGACAAAACUCUAGGAGAAAGAACAAGAGGAAUGAAAAUAGUUCAAAGGGAAAACCUAAGUCUUCUAUACUUGAAGACUAUAUCAAAACCAACACCUCAAUCCCAACCAAAAUUACCACUAUACCCUCUUCCUCUCAUACAACACUUUCCCAAAACCUUGCAACAAAUGAUGAAUCAAACCCUUUGUCCAUUGAACCCAUGAAUGAAUCUUUUUCCAAUGACCUACUAUUCAUGCAACAACUUUUGAUGGGUAAUGAUCAAAAUGUUGUUGAUGAUGUGAAUGAGAGUGGGAUUGUUUAUUCAAACCAACCUCCAAAUGACAACAUUAUGCAAUUGGAUGAUGAUAAUGUUGUUUUUAGCCCUAGAGAGACUUCUACUAUUACAAAUGAUUUCCUUCCUUAUGAUUUUUACUUUUCUCAAUUGCUGAAUUUAUAG